AUGUCACCAGUGCCAGGUCGACCUAUUCCCUUCAAGCUUCUAGAUGCAGAUAAAAAGGUGUCAUUGACGGAUGAUUUUUCUAAUCUGGCCGAGAUUCUACGGUAUAGAGCAACCAUGAGCUCGGCGCAAUUUAGAGAAGCUUUUAUACUGGUCGAUGAGAAGGGCAAAGAGUCAAUGAACGUGAAUUGGGAAAAAAUCAAUGCAAAAGCUGAGAAGAUUGCCCGUACCAUCAAACAACGAGGGGUCAAAUGCGGAGAGCGUGUUGCGCUCAUCUAUCGCAAAUCCGAUAUCCUUGAAUUCAUUCCAGCAUUAUUUGGUUGUUUUUUUGCUGGUGUCACUGCUGUUCCAGUGAAUACUACCGACGAUCUUUCUGAACUGACCUUCAUACUGAAUUUGACCAGUAUCUAUCUAAUUUUGACUACGGAGUAUAAUCAUAAAGCAUUCAUCAAAGAGAUGCAAGCCAAGUCCACAGAAUUGCCACCCAAUAUCACUUGGGUUACAACCAACAAUCUGGGUCUUUGGUAUCCUUCAAAAAAAGAGAAACGUUAUCCUCCUGUACCAAAAUUGCCUGAGACGGCAUAUAUUGAAUUCGUAAAAUCCAGCUGUGGCGAAUUGAAAGGUGUAACUGUGACACAUAAAUCAUUAAUGGAACAGUGCGCUGCUUUUCAUGCAAGCACCAUGGAGGCGGAAGUUACAGUAAAAGAUGAAGAAAACAUCGAAGUCAACCCUAAAAGAAGUGCAAAAGGGCCCGAAACCGUAGUAACCUAUUUUGAACCUAGACAACAAGUCGGACUGAUUCUCUCUGUGCUAUAUGCCGUUUAUGCCGCUAAUAUCACGAUAUUUGCUGGCGGGUUUAUUAUAGAUACUCCAGCUGUUUGGAUUUAUGUAUUAUCAAAGUAUAAAGCUACGAUGGCUCUAGCAGAUUAUACAUCGCUGAUAAACAUUACAAAGUAUUUCACUCAUCACACCAAAGAAGUAAAAUCAUUCAGUAAAAAAGUUACACCUGAUCUUUCAUCAUUACGCCAUCUGAUUACUGAUACUCAUACAAUCCAUUGUGAAACGAACCAAUACAUUGCUGAUAAACUAUUACGACCACUAGGAAAUUCAGUUUACCCUAUUAACGUCGUUCACCCUAUUCUUUCCUUGCCCGAAUAUGGCGGCAAGAUAAUUAGUAUGCGCGACCAUUUAGGCCCAGCCUUUACUGAAGAACAUAUUCUAACAGAAGAAACGAUGAUACUCGAGGACGGUCAGCAAGUAACUCGACCUGUCAUGAAAACAAAAAAGGUUUUGUCUUCCAGUCAAUCGGGAGAAAUUUUCUCUUGUGUGCUAGAUGCUCAAGCUUUAAAGCAGGACAAAAUUACAGUUUUGGCAGCCGGACCCAAUAUAAAAGUGAGUGAACAUGCAACUGAUGCCGGCACAGUAUGCAAGGGAUCUUUCGGUUUUUGUAUGCCCAACUCCACCGUUGCCAUUGUGGAUCCUGAAACUACCACACUGUGUCCUCCUAACAAAGUGGGUGAAGUAUGGGUAGAUUCAUCAUCUAUUGGCGGUGGAUUUUGGGGAUUAUCAAUGCAUACUGAAGCUAUCUUUCACGCUAAACCAAUUGUUGUAUCUCCCGAUACAAUGCAGCCGGAAUUGUGUGAAGGCUCCUAUUUAAGAACUGGUUUGAACGGGGCAAUUAUUAGUGGUCGACUGUUUAUUCUGGGACCUUAUGAAGAGCGUAUUCGUCAACAACGACUAGGAGCAGAGUUUGGUGUAGAGGAUGUUUUUUAUGUUAGUGAUCUGGUAAAAACAAUUACGAAUCGUACGCAUAUUGAGCAUUGCACUGUCUUUGACAUUUUAUUGAAGGAACAGCAUUUGCCAGUGAUCGUAUGUGAAGCAGAAGUGAAAAGUCGCUCUGAAUUGGCCAGCAUUGCCACACAGAUAGAUGAAGCACUCAUUGAAAUUCACGGGUUACGACCCUACAUCAUAUCCUUUGUGAAGCCUAACGGUUUAGCACGUCAUUUAAUUCAUGGGCGUCGCUUUAUUCAUCCAAUCAUGACCAAAUCAUACUUCCUACGAGGCUAUCUCACCAUGACGCACGUAAAAAUGGAUGUUGAUCGUACUAUUUUCAAUCUAGCAGAGAAUUUGGACACAUCUGGCAAGAAUUUCUGGACGCUUACGCAAGCUUAUGAGACGGCUAUUAGAACAGGGAUAAUUCUCCCUUACCCUCAGCAGCAACAUACUAGCAUGGAAAAAGUGAGCAUUGUCAAAGAUGAACGUAGUGGAUUCGAGCUUUCUGCUUUCACAAAUAUCAUCGACAUCUUAAAUCAUCGAGCUACGAUGUUUCCUGAUAAUACAGCUUUUACUGUGGCCACUCAAUCUGGUACGAAUACUACUAAUACGAAACCCUAUAGCUGGAAGAAAUUGAGCUAUAAAUCAGCAAAUGUUGCAACGUUGUUAGCGAAGAAAGGCCUAAAAGCAGGAAUCAAAGUUUUGGUCAUGGUCCCUUUCAGCAUUGAUUACGUUUUUUCGGUUUAUGCCUGUUUAGCUAUGGGAAUUGUUCCUGUUCCUUUGGAACCUAUCGACAUCGAAGUUCAAAAACAGCAUCCUCAUCGCAUCAAAGAGUUUGCAGAAGCAUUUGUUGAGAUUACGAAAGACCUUGGUAUUACUACUAUUCUUGUCAAUUCUAACAGCGAUAAUGUUCUGAAGAAUAAUAUCGUCAAAUCGGUUAUCCGAGAAGCCAGUAUCAAGAAUCAUUAUCAUAUGCCCGAGUCCGUCAAUGUGUCAAAAGCACCCAAGCAUCAUAAGAUGCUUGGCAAAGAGAGCGGUUUUAUCAUUCGCCCUGAAUGGGUUAGACGAGACAGAAAAUCGCCCACUCUGAUUUUAGUGCAGAACACAUCGGAUGGUCGUCGUUAUUACUCUAUGCUGGGCCAUGAAACAAUUUUGCAUCAAUGUCGAACACAGAUUAAGACGUGCCAAAUGCGAUAUCAACGAAGCAUUGUUGUAACUGGUUUGGGGACAUAUGAAGGCCUUGGCUUUCUUCAUGCAUUAUUCUGUGGUGUUUAUGUUGGCUGCAAUACGACACUUAUACCCUCAGCUGAUUUCUAUAUCAACCCGGCUUUCUUCUUCGAGACAUUGCAACGUUUCAAGGCGAAAGAUGUUUUUGUUACCAACGCUUUGGUCCAGUUUGCAAUGAAUCGUAUGAAAAACUACGCUGAAUACAAACAUCUCAACUUAAAAGGCGUCCAAAAUAUUAUGCUUGCUUCUGAUGAUCGUUCACACCCUCAUAUGUAUCAAUAUAUGGCUAAUUUCUUCUAUAAGCAUAAAGCUGAAAAAGGUACUUUUAGUAGUAUCUAUAGUCAUGCGGCUAACCCAAUGAUUACAACACGCUCGUAUAUGGUUAUGGAGCCUAUUACUAUUGCUGUUGACACCUAUUGGUUACGCCAAGGUGUUAUACACGCUAAUUUAAAUCCUAUAGAUAGUAGGGAUAGUAGCCGUGUCAUUGUUCUCAACGAUUCCGGUAUUGUCCCUAGCAACACAAUGGUAGCAAUUGUAAAUCCAGUUACUCUUACUCUGUGCCCUAACAAUGUCAUCGGUGAAAUAUGGGUAUCGUCUGACAGUAAUGCAAAAAGUUUUUACACUUACUCUUCAGGUGAUACAGAACAUGCGCAAGUAUUCGAAGCGACAAUUGCAGGAAGCGAUCCGAAUAUAAAAUAUCUUAGAACAGGUGAUGUAGGCUUUCUCUGGAAUAUGCGGCGACGUAUAGAGAGCCGAAAUACAAUGCAGCAUUCCAUGUUUGAAGACGGUCAAUGCUUGUACGUUUUAGGCUCUAUGAAGGAUAUCAUAACUCGUAAUGGCCUCAUCUUCUUCCCUAUGGACGUCGAACACUGCAUUGAAAGAUGCGAAAGCACAAUAGCUGGAAGCAUCAUCAUCCAAAACGACAAUGAAAUUGUUGUCAUUGCUUCUGUUAAGCUACCUGAAAAUGGACGUGAAACUAUUAAUGAACAUGCUCGUGCUGUAGUUUCCUUGAUAGUUAAUGCUGUUCUCGACAAUCAUUCGUUCUUAAUCGAUACAGUUGUUAUUGUGCAUCCAUCAAAUUUUCCUCGGUCAAAGUUUGGAGAAAAAUUGAGAGGAAAGGCUCGGUUAUCAUAUUCUAGGAAAAAGCUGUAA